AUGCGCCCGCCAUUACACGGCAACAAAAGCCUUGAAGAAAGAUUUUAUUCCCAGCCAAACGCGGUGGUGAAGCCAACACCACCUCCAACUCCCGUCCCUGAAGAAGUACCGGAAAGGGAACUGAAAGCCAUCAUUGAUGCGGUUGGGCUGACGCUUGAACGUUUGCGCCAAGACGAAGCGCCGCACUGGAUCGCGCUGCGCGUCGCCUGCUUUGCAAUCCCACCCCUCGUGGGGACGGGCGGUGAACGGAUCCGGCAUAUUCAAGACGUUACCGCUACGAGCAUCACCGUAUCCCCUUACCUCGAGCCGGAUCUUCUGUUUCGCGCCGUACACAUCUACGGGACCGUUAGGGGCGUUAUGAGCGCGUGUCGCUAUGUAAGAGCGCUCGCCGACUCCAUUGAUCCGAACAUGCCAUUUUCGGAGGUUAUCUGGGUACCGGGCAGAUUCAUCGGGCGCAUCAUCGGCCAACACGGGUGGACGAUUAAAUGGUUAAAGGCAGUCACCCAGGCCUACCUUGGCUUUCCAAAGCACGAGCCGGGGCCCUGGCACAAGCCACUGCCGCUUUUGAUUGCCGGCACUCAGAAAUCGGUAUAUUUUGCUGCCAACUUGGUCCGUUUCUAUAUAUUGCAUCCGAAUGCUUGGGUUGCCCCGGGGAACUUGAUGGCUCGGCGGCAAACGGUUCCAGCUCCUCAAAACGCUGUCAACAACUACGACGCGGACGCGGCGCCGCCCCCUCCUCUGCCCGCGUUCAACAACGAGACCGGCCAGACCAUGUACAGCUUCUAUCGCAAUCUCAACCUGCACGACGAGGCGGUGAUGGUCGCCGAGGUGAUGCAGCACGCCGGAUGUAACCCUGAAGCGCGCCACUGGUCCCGGGCGAGCCAA